AUUUCGCCAUUGGUCAUGAAGACCCGGUCUGGUAUUGGAUUAGAACAGGAGAUUGUUUAUGGUACCGUUGACUAGUUAAAGGAACGAUGAACUGAAUGAGCACAAGCAUCGUUUGAUGCCCUCGUACAUAAUCAUGACAUUUGAUAAAUUUUUACGUAUAACAUGCUAUUUUAAUUUUUAAUUGCCCUUUAUUUGCUGAUACAGAUCGGACAAUGACAUUGAUGAUGCAGGGACAAAAGCGACUAUUAGAGGAAGAAAAACAAAGAGAGCAAGAAGAACGGCAAAAAUUACUGCAACAGCAGCAAGCACAACAUCAACAACUAAACACCACUAAAGAGAGCUCUAGUGAAGCGAUGCGACGCCUCUUCAUGUUUAACAAAGAGAAUGCACAGACACCCUCAUCCAACCAAGCACAGUCCUUUCAAUCUUUGAAUCCUGUGCAACCCUCAGCAAUGACAUUUGCAGACUGCACAGGAGAAAUUAAUGGCUGUGAAACGAGCAGAAUUCCGGGAAUGUGCGAGCGAUAUCAAGCUGUGAUUCGAUCGUGCACGUUCUGUCAGCGGCUGCAAUGCCAGUUCUGUAUAAUCCAAUGUGCGACCUGUCUGGAGCCGUCAUGUCGUGCUUGUUGUAUUGCAAGGUAACAAGGAAAAGGCCCUCUCCUUCAUUGUUAUUUUUGUCUAUCUAAACGUGUUAUCAACAUCUUCAACUAUUCUAAAUAUUGAGGAUCCUUGGUGCCGCUUGAUUUUGAUAGCUAUGACAAACCUGAGGUUGAAUACUAUUGCUAUGGAUGUCGACGUUAAGACUGUUGGUUGUGUACCCCAAGA